AUGUCGAGCACGGAGUGGGACAUGCCCCGGUGCGAGAUCAGGCCGAAUGUCUGGAGUCUCUUCGAGCACAACUACACCUCGAUGGACGUCGCCCGGCGCAAGCCGAGCCUCAGCUUCAGGGUGAAAAAUAUCGUCUCUUCGGCCUCCUCCGGAACAUCAGCCUUCUCGUUCACGACUGUCGAGGAUUUGUUUCACCGUCCUGACCAAUGA